CCGCCGGGAGUACAAGAUGUCGGCAUCUGCUUUUCGGCUGUUGAGCGCUUUUGUAUUUCCUCUCUUCAUCCCUUCUUCUCUUUCGAACGAGCUGUGUGCAGCUCUUCAAGUUUUGUCGAUUGUUUCUGAGCGUCUAAUAACCCUCUUCACAUUGAGCAUUGUACAUUGAAAGCUGCGCAAAAUGGCUAAGGUGUUCGACUAUGCGGAAGUUGCAAAGCACAACACAGCAGAAAGCUGCUGGGUAAUCUUAUAUGGCGAAGUCUACGAUGUAACACGCUUUAUUCCCGAACACCCCGGCGGUAGCAAGGUCAUCCUCCAACUUGCUGGCAGCGAUGCAACCGAGGAGUACGACCCAAUUCACCCACCGGGCAUGCUCGAGGUGAACCUCAAACCCGAGGACAAGCUCGGCAAGAUCAACCUCGACUCGCUGCCAAAGGAAGAGAAGACACCCACAGAGACAGGUGAAGCCCAGGAUGAAGGGCCUGUGGACUUGGAGAGCAUAUUGAAUAUCGACGAGAUCGAGGAGGUAGCAACGAAGAACAUACCCCAUAAAGGCUGGGCAUACUACUACUCCGCCUCCGACGACCUCACAUCCAAAGCCUUCAACGGCGCUGUAUACCGCCAAAUCCUCCUCCGCCCCCGCGUCUUCAUCGACUGUGUUGCUUGCGACACAUCAACCUCCUUCCUCGGCCAUAAUGUCAAACUCCCCAUCUACGUCUCUCCUGCUGCGAUGGCGCGCCUCGCGCACCAGGACGGCGAAUGGGGCAUCGCGCAAGCAUGCGAGAAAUUCGGCGCUAUGCAGAUCAUCUCUCAGAACGCCUCCAUGACACCCGAGCAAAUCAUUGCAGACGCAAAGCCCGGGCAGGUUUUUGGGUGGCAGCUAUACGUACAAAACGAGCGCGCAAAGAGCGAAGCCAUUCUCGCACGCAUGAACAAGCUCGACCCCAUCAAGUUCAUCUGCCUGACACUCGACGCUCCCGUGCCAGGGAAGCGCGAGCACGACGAGCGCAGUAAGAACAUCGGAUCCAACCUGUCUGUCCGCGCAGCUGUGCAAGAAGACCAGAGCGUCAGCAAAACCUCGCCUGAGGCGAAGACACCAAAGCUGGCAGGCGUGGGGCAGAGUCUGUUCUGGGGCACCGCAGCAGAUCUCACAUGGCGCUCCACCCUCCCCUGGCUCGCAAAACACACAAACAAGCCUAUUGUGCUCAAGGGUAUUCAGACACAUGAAGAUGCUUACCUAGCGUCGUGUUAUGCGCCGCAGGUCAAGGCUAUCAUUUUAUCGAAUCACGGUGGGCGCGCGCUGGAUACUGCACCUCCUGCGGUACAUACACUACUUGAGAUCAGGAAGUACUGCCCUGAAGUCUUAGACCGCAUUGAGGUUUGGGUUGACGGUGGAAUCAAGCGCGGUACAGAUAUUGUUAAGGCGCUGUGCUUGGGCGCGAGAGGUGUUGGUGUUGGGCGUGCGGCGUUGUUUGGGUUGGGUGCUGGUGGUAAGGAGGGUGUUGAGCGGGUACUUGAGAUCCUCAAAGCGGAAACAGAGACAUGCAUGCGCCUCCUGGGUGUUGAGAGGGUGGAUCAGCUGGGCAUGCAGUAUAUCAACACACGAGCUGUUGAGCGCGAUAUCUACGAUGGACCGUCGUUUGCAAGGGCGGCUGUUGAGAAUGCUGCUAAGGGAGUAGUGAGGGCGAAGUUGUAAGCGCCUUCGUGGUUUGAG